AUGCUUUCCUUUCAUUUCUGGAAGUCCCUGGGUCGACCUACAGAUGCUGCUCCUUCCGUGGCCGAUGGCAUUCAGACUCGUGGCCGCAGGCGGUGGCAGGCAAACAACUGGACAGAACAGCUCAGCCACGGGAAGGUGGCCACAGUCUCGGCCGGAGCAGCAGCCCCUGGGCCCCAGACCACCCCUGCCACCCCUGCCGGGAGCCUUCCCUCCUCCCUCGGGCUUGUCCCGGCCCCGCCACAGGGGCUGAAGAACCGGGAGGGGGUGGCAGCAACCGCAGUGGUGCCUCCAGCCUUGGGCCCGGGCCAGGCACGUGGGGCCCUGCUUAGGGCCACUCUGCAGCCCCUCCAGGGCCAGGGAGGGAGCCGGGCCAGCCGCGGCGCCGCUCACCACUGUCUCCUCCUGUCGCUGCAACUUGGGCUCGGGCUCAGGAUGGAAGCCGCUCCCCGGGAGCUGAGUCUGCAGGCCAGACUGCGGGAGGUGGGCGACCCAGGGAGCGGAGCUCAAGAUAACCAGGAGCUGAAGCAGCAGCUGCAGCGGCUGCCGGGGCCACCGGCCUCCUCCCAGCGAGAGGCGAAAUAUGUGGAGAUGUGUGCUUCGGCUGCAGCCCCGGGGGAGAGUCCCCGCACCAGGAGACUCGCCCUGCAGCACCGCCCGGGGGAGCAGAGGGCCCCCAGGAGUCCCAAGGAGGAAGCCCAAGAGAAGCCCGGAGGUCAAGAGAGCGAGGCUCUGACCGCCCAGAAGAAUCUUGCUGCCUCGGAACUCUCCAGAUCCCAGCUCUCCCGCACUGAUGAGGGCAGCAACUUCUCAUCUUCCUCCUCCUCGACCUCCUCCCCAGUGGACAAAGCAGAAGAAGGUGGCCUUUCCAAGAUGGAUGAUACCACCACAUCAGCAGGGGCUCUGGCCACCUCGUCUUCGUCUUUAGGCUUUGAGAGUGACAGUGGCCAGAGCGCAGUGAGCCACCAGCCCAAGGGGGGAGAAGGAGGAGUGGGGGGAGGAGGAAGAGCAGGAGGAGGGGAAGGAGGAGGAGGGGGAGAUGGAACUGAGUGCAGGGACAUUAUUGCCAAGUCUCAGUGCAGCAGGGACCCCCCCAAAAAUGAGGAGGCUCACUACAUCACCACCCACGAGAUCCAGCUGAGUGAGGUGGAGCAGGACAUGGAUUUUGAUGUGGGACUGGCCUCCCGCUGGGAUUUCGAGGACAACAACGUGAUCUACUCAUUCGUGGACUACGCCUCCUUUGGUGGCAGCGACGAGACCCCUGGGGACGUCACCACCCCGACCGAAGAGGACGACGACAACAGCUGCUACCUCAGCACCACUCCCAGCACCCACGCCACCCAGACUCCAAGCCCCACCAGCAGUGACCCGGCGCGCCCCAGCGCAGACAGCGGUGGUCGCCACACCAGCAGCACGGAAGUGGGCAGUGGCCCCUCUGACAGUGACCCCACUCCCCCACCUACUGGGCCUGGCACUGCCACCCUGAGUGAGCCCUUGCCCGAGCCCCCGGACGCAGCUUCAGGGGCAGCAGCCGAUGCGGCCAGCAGCUGUGGGAGUGCAGCAAGCCAGAUCCUCCUAUCAAUCAAACCGACUUCCCGGGCUAUAAAUGAGCCUAGCAACGUGCGUGAAAAGCAAAACAUUAUUUAUGCUGCCAAGCAUGAAGGCGACAUGAGCCUCCGCGUCUCUACAGCUGCUGAACACAAUUCAAGUUCACUGAAGCAAGACCCGGCUGCAGCCGUGGCUCAGGACCAUGCAAAGAAAUUCAUUGCUGUCCCUGCUCACCUGCAAACCCGGUGCGGGGCCAUCCGGGCGAAGGAGGUGGUGGACUACUCCAGCGGAGCCUCCAGUGCCGUGAGUGAACUGGACGAUGCGGACAAGGAGGUGCGGAACCUGACCUCCCGGGCCUUCCGGAGCCUGGCCUACCCCUACUUCGAGGCCCUGAACAUCAGCUCCCGGGAGUCCUCCACACUCUCCGAAGUCGGCUUUGGGCGGUGGUCGACCUUCCUGGAUUUAAAAUGUGGAGGUGUUGGAGCCAGGGUGGAGCAGAGCCUCCUCAGGAGCAGUGCGGCCUCUGUGGCCGCAGGUCUGAGGAAGGGCCGUGGGGCCAGGACGACCGCAGACCAGCUCUACAUCCAGGCCAAGAAGUCCCAGACCAAAGCCUUGGAGUUCGUGGUCAGCAAAGUCGAGGGGGAAAUCAAACACGUGGAGACACCUCUGUGUUUCCAGAAGCAGGUCCAGACGGGCUCCCGCGUGGUCACCCUUCUCGAGCCCCUGAAUUUUCGCAGCGAGAGCAAAGCCAGCUCAGCCACUGGGCCCUGCAGAACCACCAAAGGCUCCAGCAAGGGCCCCGGCUCGGUGUACACGGACGACGGCUCGGAGGCCUCUGAGAGCAGCAAGCCUGCCUCCCGCGCCGACGGCCCCCAGAAGAAGUCCAAGUUUGCUUCCAGUCUGCUCAAAAAUGUCAUCUCCAAGAAGAUGCAGCGGGAACAUGAGUUCAAAAUGGAGAGGGGAGAAGUCACUGACACAUCCCACCGUAACCUCUCCAGCACCUCCAAGGAGACAGAGGGUCCCGCCAGGGGGGAGAAGCAACGGGAGAGGGGCCUGCAGAGGCAGAGUUCUCGCCACUCCGAGGCCGGCUCUGAGUACACGGUGGUCAGCGUGUCCGAUGCGGGUGCGGAGGGCUCGACGGCCGAGCCCAAAUCGCCCAUUUUCAAAGCCAGUGCUCCUCGGGAGAGCAAUGCAGUCUCCGGCCGAAAUUUCGCGGACGGACACACUGAAGAAGUCUGUGAAAUUAAAAAGAGCGCAUCGGAGACUGUCAAAGGCAUCUUCCUGCGGAGUCAGAACAGUGCAUUCCGCUCCUGGAAGGAGAAGGAGGCCGAGAAGCGGGAAGAAAAGGCCCCCAUUGGGAAGCUGAAGCUUCCCAAAGGGGGCGACUGGAGAGCUGAUCUUGGAGAGAUCUCUGCCAGCAAGUCCACCAUCAUGUCGCGCCUCUUUGUCCCCAACAUCCAGCAGACGCCCAAGGACAAGCAGCCAGGGAAGCAGGCCACCAAGUACCCUGCCGCCCAAGCCACCUCCACGGCAGUGAUGCGGCCCAAGGCUCCCGAAAUCAAGAUCCGGCUGGGGAGCGUGCAACAGCCAAGCUCGGACUUCAAUAUUGCCAAAUUGCUCACGCCCCAGUUGGCCAGCGGCAGCGCCCCUAACCUCUUCAAGACCGUUGAGGACAACGGCAGGGCGCAGCAGAAGCUCUUCCGGGGAGACAACCUGGAAAAAGUGCCCCAGUUCCAGGUGAGAGACGUCAGAGACAAGUCCAAGGCCCAAGGCCCCCUCCACCAGGUGAGAGAUGUCAGGAAACUAAUCAAAGGGUCAGGGGACAGCAGUGACAAGGGCAGUGUUACCCCAGAGCAGGGGCUGACCGGCCCCAAGCCCAGGCAGCUGGCUGCUGCAGGGGGCGGAUCCAGAUCCCUUUCCCCCAUAGUGAUUACAUGCCAGGCGGUGGUGAACCCAAGGGAAGGUAGCAUGGACCGGGAGCCGAGGGAGAACGUAGGCAAAGGUGGCGGCGGCCGGUUCUUGAAUUCGUCCUCUCCAGAAGGGACCGUCUUGGUUCAUAGGGCAUCUGGCAGGCUGCCCGUGGCCACCAUUGCCCCCAAUAAGCCCGAGCAGGGCUCUUACCUGCCUGUGCUCAAGAUCGUCUCUAAGGCUUCUGCUCAGAAGACCCCAGAGAAGGCCAAGGAGGAGGAGGUCAAGGAGGAAGGGAAAGCCCCAAAGCCCUCUCGGAAUGCCCUGGAGAAGCUGACGGCCGCCGUGAGGUCCAUGGAGGAGCUGUACAGCUUCAACAGGAAGGAGUGGAAGCGCAAAAGCGACCCUUUGCCCGUGAUGAUGGACAGCCAUGUCCUGUCGCUCAUUGCCAGCGAGGAGAGGGAAGGGGCUGCGGGCGCAGAGGGGGAUCCAGACAAGCUGGCCAAACGACUGGGUGAGCCGGCGGAGCGGGGCACCGGAAACAAAGGCGGCGUGGUGCUGCGUGGGGGCCCUGCGGAGCGUCUGCAGCGGAGAAACUCCAACCCUGGCACUGAGAGUGUGUCUGCCCGGGCAGCCGCCUUCGAGAACCUGGCCAGGGAAAGGCCGCGAUCCCUCUACAUCCCCCCAGCCCACAAGGAUGUGGAGAGAACCCAGGCCCUGCAGCCCUUCCCACCACUCCCCAGCAACCGAAACGUGUUCACGGUGAGUGCCAGCAGCACCCAGAAAACUGGGGGUGUCGCUGGCAAGUUCCCCCAAGAGCCUUCUCCAGAGAGUCCUUCAGCAGCAAAGGGCAUCAAAUCCCAGGGACUCCGGUCCCUCAAGAUCUCUCCGGCCGCGCGGGCACCUCCUGAUGAGGUGACCAAUAGGAAAAAUGGCAGCAGUUUGGAAAAGAACCAUAGCGACUGUGAGAAUUACCUGUCCAUCCCCCUCAAAGGAAGCUCUACGGCCGGAGAGCUAACAGGCAGGCCCGGGGCCGGGAGGGAGGGGCCCCCAGCCUCCUCAGCGGCCACUCUCUGCAGCUUGCCCCCCCUGAGCGCCCGCAGCCAAGUCCCCAGUAGUCCCAAAGGCUCUCAGGUCAGUGGAACCAGCCGGCCAGCUUGGCGUACCAAACCCGAGAACCCCAGGGAGACAGUAGCCGCCCCCACAGGGCCACAGAGCCCCGAGCAUCUCCCCACUGCCAUCUACCACCAGCCGCCGCUGCCCUUCACCCUGCAAGGAGCCCAGCCCCAGGUCCUGUGCUUCUCCCCACCCAGCAUGCCUGCCCCAGCACCUGCAGGCCCAGCUUCAGUCCCCGCAGACCCGUUCCAGCAGCCACAGCCCCAGCAGACCCAGCGCAAGAUGCUCCUGGAUGUGACGACUGGCCAGUACUAUCUGGUGGACACACCAGUACAGCCCAUGACCCGAAGACUGUUUGACCCUGAGACGGGGCAGUAUGUGGAUGUGCCCAUGACCUCCCAGCAGCAGGCUGUGGCUCCCAUGUCCCUCCCUGUGCCUCCUUUGGCCCUGAGUCCUGGGGCCUAUGGACCCACCUACAUGAUCUACCCUGGGUUUCUGCCCACGGUGCUGCCCACCAGUGCCCUGCAGCCCACGCCAAUUGCUCACACUCCAGGGGGUAGCGAGCUCUCCUCCGUGGCAGCAGAGCCCCACAGCAAAGAGGCAGCUGCCACAUUCACUGAGGCCCCGUACUUCAUGGCCUCUGGUCAGUCUCCUGCUUCCUCUUCCUCCUCGGCCCCAGCAGCCACAUCCCAGCUCAUGGGGGCCAAAGGCUUUGCCCAGCUGCACGGCAAGCCUGUCAUCAGCAUCACUUCGCAACCGCUGGGGCCGAGGAUCAUUGCCCCCCCUUCCUUUGAUGGCACUACCAUGAGCUUUGUGGUAGAACACAGAUGA